AUGAGCAAAGCUCACCCUCCCAUGUUGAAAAAGUUUGUGGACAAGAAAUUGUCAUUAAAAUGCAAUGGCAGCAGACAUGUCCAGGGGAUACUGCGAGGAUUUGAUCCCUUCAUGAAUCUGGUGAUAUAUGAAUGUGUGGAGAUGGCAAAUGGUGGACAGCAGAACAAUAUUGGGAUGGUGGCAAUACAAGCCAAUGGUAUCAUCAUGUUAGAAGCCUCGGAACAAGUAUAA